CCUUGCUAUUCGCAGUCAGUUGAUCGUCUUAGUAGACACCGAGUCGUUCGCGGCACACUUUCUAAUCAGGUUAAACUGGGGGUUCCACCAACAAAGUGAAUCACCAUCGCUAGUGCUUUUUAUCUGAAGCUGCUGCAUAUAGUGUUGAAUAUUUCGCAUUCAAAGUGUAAUUGUUGCUCAAAGUAUGAAUAGUUUUUUCAUCUAAAUGGUCCCAAAGUUUGGAUAUCUGAAUUGAGUUCAAUGUGGAGUAAGAAUAGUCACUUGAAACAUGAGUUCGUCAACAGAGUCGCUGCUUGAUUACGACUCUAGUGAUCAUGGUCGCGGUAUUUCCGGAAGAUCUUUCGCUUUCCGCGGUCUAGUGUUAGAACCCGCUGUUUUGCUGUUAUUUUUUUCAAUUGAUCUCUCAGGGGUUGUGAUUCAAAACCAAAUCAUAUUUCAAACAUGCACCGUAGUUUAUGGUUACAAUAAAUCCGAUUGUCUCUUGCUUGGAACUCAACACCCUAAUCACAACACAGCGCAAAUUGAGAAGGAUAUUCAGCCAUACGUUGCGAACAUAUUAAUGGUUCGCUCCGUGAUGGAUGGAAUCAUUCCAACUUUCGGAGCUCUAUUCGUUGGUUCAUGGUCGGAUCGAUUUGGAAGGAAACCUAUUAUACUGACUGCGUUUAUAGGACAUAGCUCUUUACAUAUUCUCUGUGCUAUAUUAGCAUUUGCGUCAACUUUGUAUUCGAUUAACCCCUGGUAUUACAUAGCGAUGAUGGUUCCGAAGGCCAUACUUAGUGCAGAGUGCUCAUUGAAAAGUGGGGCACUCGCUUUUAUUACGGACGUUACAGAAAGUAGUAAUAGAAUGCUUCGAUUGGCCGUUUACGAAGCAUUCUUAUACGUUGGUAUUGUUGCCGGAUUUUUAUCAAGUGGUCCAAUGUUUCAUGCGACAAAUGCUUAUACAGUUUUCGCAGUAUCUGGAGGAAUAAUAACGAUGGCACUCAUAAUGAUAUGGUUCGGAUUGAAGGAGAGCGUCAGAGUUAGUGAGAUUGAUCAAUACAUAUCUGCAACUGGUUUAUUCAAUUGGUCACAAGUGGAAGAUCUUUUGGAAGCAGCGUUCGGCAGAAGGUUCGACAGAGGGAAGUUGUGGCUCAUUAUUUCAACCUUAACACUGACCACAUUUAUUGUAGGUGGUUCUGCCAAUGUUUCCUUUCUCUUCGUGCGAGAGAAAUUUGAUUGGACUGUGUCAGAAUAUACUUUAUAUCAGGCAGUUCGAAUUGCUAUUCAAAUUGUCGGAAACACUCUCAUCUUGUUGCUAUUGCAAAAGUUACUCAAACUAUCAGCCGCUUCCGUAGUUUUACUAGCUUACGGAAGCUGCAUCCUAGAUGCUGUUAUAAUCGGAACUAGUAGUGCAUCCUGGGAAAUGUAUUUGGCUGCAGGAACUGGAAUAUUAAAGGGUAUGCCUGCACCAAUGUGUCUUGCCAUAUUAUCUACUUUCGUGACUUCCAGCGAAACAGGGAAAAUUUUAUCUUUCGUUUCUAUAUUGCAAUCCUUAACACCACUCGCAUCAGCUCCAUUCUAUACAGAAUUAUACUCGAAAACCAUUGAUAUCAAUCCAGGAAUCUUCAAUCUUGUCUCAGCAGGCCUUUAUACUAUAUGCUUUAUAUUUAUGACGAUUAUAUUUGCGAUGAUCAAACGAAACCAAUUCCGAGGAACGAACGACUUCACUCAAGAAUAAAGGGUGUUGGCCAUUUUUGAGGCUGUAAGAUUGCCAGUUAAAUUUGAUUAUAAUUGUCAGUACUUUUAAAAAGAAUUUAUUUUAAGUGUUUACUACCAAAAAUAACGUGUCUUAUGAUGAAUAGAGAGUAAGUGUCGAACAGAGUGCUUUUGUAUGUAUACCUGGCAUUAUUUAUGAGAAUGCGCGAAAGUAAUUAAAAAUGUGUUGACUAUA